GGCUUGGCACCGGUCAAACAGUCUGACCACCCCAUUCAAUUCAAGCUAUCUUUUGCCGAAGGCUUAUGCACGCUAUGUAUCACCUUUCGGCAUGGCACUACUUAUAAGUUCAAACUUAACACGCCCACUGAGAACGACAAUCCACACAUAAUACUACUAGUUCAGCUCACAUUCUAACAACCAUGUCUGCAACUAUCAGCCCAAAGAGCGCCUUGAAGAUCGUAAUGGGUGCUAUGACGUUUGGCGUAGAAGGAUCUGAAGGCGCUCGAGUUCACGAACUCAAAGACGUGGAAACUAUCCUCGACAUCUUUCAGAGCCAUGGGCACAAUGAGGUCGACACUGCACGCAUUUAUGCAUUCGGCACCAGUGAAGAAUAUCUCGGAAAAAUCAACUGGCAGAACCGGAGUUUGAUCAUGGACACCAAGCACUAUCCACAUUCUCGGAUGGGCCUCCCUACUGAGGAGGGCCAGCUGUACGAUCACUCCCCAGAGGGUUUGCGCCUGAAUCUCAUGGCAUCCUUGAAGGCCCUGAACACCGACAAAGUUGACAUGUGGUAUCUUCACGGUCCUGACCGCACUAUACCAUACGAGGUCACUCUAAAAGCUGUUAACGAACUAUACAAAGAAGGGUAUUUUAAAACUUUUGGCAUCAGCAAUUAUAUGUCUUGGGAAGUAGCGCAAAUAAUGGAAAUAUGCAGGUCAAAUGGGUAUAUCCAACCUACUGUGUACCAAGGCGCUUACAAUGCGAUACAAAGAACCGUAGAACCGGAACUGUUCAGCUGCUUACGCAAAUAUGGUAUAAGCUUCUACGCCUUCAGUCCUCUUGCAGGAGGCUUCUUUACUGGUCGAUACAUCAGCCAAGACGAUCAGGCUGAGGCAGGUAGCCGAUUUGAUCCUGGCAGAAUGCAGGGCGAGUUCCAUCGUAACAGGUAUUGGAAUAACACCUACUUUGCUGCUGUCAAGUUGGUCCGCGAGGUUGCUGAAGCGUACAAUUUGACGGUGCCUGAAGUGGCUUUGCGGUGGAUCUCUCACCACAGCUGUCUGUCUCGUGAAACUGGCGACGCAGUGAUUAUCGGAGCAUCUAGUGCGAAGCACACGGAGCAGAACCUUUUGGAUCUCGAAAAGGGCCCUUUACCCGAUGAGGUUGUGAAAGCCUUGGAUGAUGCUUGGCUUUCUGUCAAGGCCAUCUCUGCCAAUUACUGGCAUUAGAUACAAAGUAACAUAAAUUAGCAACAUUUGUACCCCGCAUGUACUAUACUUGAGUCAAC